AUGUUGAGGGUGUCGGAGAGGGUCGCUAGACCCCAUUCUGGAUCUGGGGGACAUGGGUCGGUAACUGAACGACUUCAGUCCAAUAGAGCUGAGCUGUGUAAGGGUGUCUCUGGAGUUGCCCCUACUGUGGAUGAGUAUUGGUUGGAGGACACCAAGAGGAUUAUAAAUGAUAUAGACUAUACUCCCGAGUAUAAACUAAAGGCUGCAGUCUCUUUGCUUCGCGAUGAGGCGUAUCAGUGGUGGUUGUCGGUUGAGGAGGGUGAUAAAUAUGUGGCCGAGUACGAGGUUGAGUUUCUGAGGUUGAGUUGCUAUGAUCGAGGCAUGGUGGCAUCUGAGUAUAAGAAAUGUGUCUGUUUUGAGGAGAACUUGAGGGAUAAUCUGAGGGUACUGAUUGCUCCGCAGAGGGAACGAGAGUUCGCAGUUCUGGUAGAUAGGGCAAAGAUCGUUGAAGAGGUUAAGCACGUGGAGCACCAAAAUAGGGACCAAGAGAGAGCACCGGCCAAAGGUGUUAAUCAGGCUGAGGUGAGGCAGCCUGCUCUGGUUUUUGCUGCUCAAUGCCGAGAGGAUAGAGAUGCUCCUGAUGUUAUCACAGCUAGUACUAUUUUUGAAAACUUUGGGAUCUUUGUUGAGUGUACUUCCAGUGAGAUUACUGUACUGAGUAAAUUGGGGCAAUCUCUUGGGGUUAGUAGACUUUAUAGGAAUGUACUAUUGGAAGUAAAAGGGGUUGUGUUUUUGGCAAAUUUGAUGGAGCUACCAUUUGGUGAAUUCGACUUUAUUUUGGGUAUGAACUGGUUAGUUGAGCACCGAGUUAGCUUUGAUUGUGUGACUAAGAGGGUUGUUCUAAGGACCGAGAAUGAUAAGGAGGAGGUGGUGGUGAUUGAAGGGCGUCGAGAUUAUCUGUCUAAUGUGAUUUCUGCUAUUGUGCUUAGAGUUAAGGAGGUGGAUGUUCAUAAGGCAGUGUUUAGGACUCAUUAUGGGCACUACGAGGUCUUAGUCAUGCCCUUCGAUUUGACGAAUUCUCCGGCUGCAUUCAUGGAUUUGAUGAACCGAGUGUUUCAGCCGUAUCUGGAUCAGUUUGUCAUGGUCUUCAUUGACGAUAUUCUGGUGUACUCUAAGACUGAGGACAAGCAUGAUAAGCAUCUUAGAGUACCUAAGAAUGUAUCUAAGAUUUGUAGUUUUCUGGGUCUUGCGGGAUAUUAUCGACGGUUUGUCGAGGGGUUCUCACUGAUUGCAGCUCCUUUGACUAAGCUUCUGUGCAAAGGUGUUCCUUUUGUCUGGACUGAUGUGCAACAAUUGAACUUCGAGAAGCUCAAGUCUAUCUGA